AUGCCAGACUCCUUCUUUGCAGCACCCAAGACGCGCAAACGCAAACGGUCGCAAGAUGCCACCGCCUCUUCCUCCCGACAACCCGGACGCAGCGUUCCCAACAAGCGAAGCAAACAAAAGCCCGGCGCCGCCCCCACACCCAAGAAGCGGAGGGAUGAAGAGCUGUCGGACGAGACCCAUGACUCGGACGACAUUGGUGGGAUUGACGAGAUGGACCUGCGCGCACCGGACGUCGACCCGGACGCGUACGAGAGCGGUGAGGAAGACGAAGAGGAGACUCCCGCGGAGAAGCGGCUGCGGCUUGCGAAGAUGUAUCUCGACGGAGUGAAACAGGGUCUUGGGCUAGCGGAGGGAGAGUUCGAUGCGGCGGAGAUCGACCGCGAACUCAUCUCGACGCGACUCAAGCAGGACGUCCUAGAGCACUCGGGAAAGGUCCAUCUGUUCGUAGCAGAUAGCUACCAGAUUGAGGACGCUCCGUCAAUACGAACGCGCGGUCACCGCUUCUCCGUCACAGGGGCUGUUGCGUCUCCGUCCGCACGGUGGUUGUUUACUUCGGGCAAGGAGGGCGCUAUCAUCAAGUGGGACCUGCACACCGGGCGCAAAGUACACACAUUCCUUAAGUGCAGACCCGACAAGGGCAAGGGCAAGGGCAAGGACGUGUCGGGACACACAGACGAGGUAUGGGCUCUCGCCGUGAGUCCAGACGGACGAUACCUCGCAAGCGGUGGGAAGGACCGACGGGUCGGUGUAUGGGACGUUGAGAAGAACGAGUGGGUGAAGGGCUUCACAGGGCACCGAGAUCACAUCUCUGCACUCGCCUUCCGGAAAGUACAGCCGAACGCUACCACAUCCACACAACUCUAUUCCGGCUCGUUCGACAGGACGCUUAAGUUGUUCGACCUCACCUCGAUGGGCUACGUGGAGACGCUCUUCGGGCACCAGGCCCCGGUGCUCGCGCUCGACGCGCUCCGGAGCGAGACCGCGGUCAGCGCGGGCGGGCGCGACAAGACGGUGCGGUUCUGGAAGAUCCCGGAGGAGACGCAGCUCGUCUUCCGCGGCGGGGGUGGGAGCAAAUGGAGGGACGACCUGGAUGGGAUGGACGUCGAUGGUGAGGACGAGGAGGGGGAAGGGCGGAGGAAACGGCGCGAGGUGAAGGGGCAGCAGACGAAGUUCGUCGAGGGGAGCAUCGAGUGCGUCGCUAUGAUUGACGAGGUCACCUUCGUGAGCGGCGGUGAUAGCGGGUCUUUAUCCCUAUGGACCACGCAAAAGAAGAAGCCUGUCUUCACGCAGGCGCUCGCGCAUGGGAUUGACGAGGCACACGUCGACACGGAGGACAUGCCCACGGUCCGCAAGCCGCGCUGGGUGACUGCGAUCGGUGCCCUGCGGUACUCGGAUCUCUUCGCCUCCGGUUCGUGGGACGGCUCUGUCCGCCUCUGGAAGCUCGACGCGAAGCUCAAGUCGUUCGCCCUCUUGGGCACGAUUCCCGCCCCCGGCGUCGUAAAUUCUAUCCAGUUCUGCACGCCCGCGCCAGACUUCCAGGCCGGUGCCACUUGGACGCGCUCUGCGGAAGAUACGGAGGAGCGGUCAAAUAAGGCCCGUGGCCAAGCGCAGGCAAAGACGGUGUUGCUCGUAGCGGGGGUGGGGCAUGAGAUGCGAUUCGGGCGGUGGAUGCAGAGGAAGGGUGAGGGCGUUCUGAACGGCGCACUCGUUGUGGCGUUGCACCCAAGGACAUGA